AUGAAGAGGGCAAACCAAACCAGUGUCUCAGAAUUUCUCCUCCUGGGACUGUCUGACCGGGCAGAGCAGCAGCAGCUCCUCUUCGUGAUGUUCCUCUGCAUGUACCUGCUCGGGGUCCUGGGGAGCCUGCUCAUCGUCCUGGCCAUCGACUCCGACCCGCACCUGCACACCCCCACAUACUUCUUCCUCACCAACCUCUCCCUGGCCGACGUCUGCUUCCUGUCCACCACGGUCCCCAAGAUGCUGGCCAACAUCCAGACCCACAGCAAAUCCAUAUCCUAUGGCGGCUGUUUGGCACAAAUUAAUUUUUUUAUGUUAUUUAGUGGUAUAGACCACUUUCUCCUCAUCUGGAUGGCUUUUGACCGCUAUGUGGCCAUAUGUCACCCACUCCACUACACCAUAAUCAUGAACCCAAGGCUCUGUGCCUGGAUGGUUGCUGGGUCCUGGAUUGUCAGUGCUUUCAAUUCCCUGACACAUACUUCAUUACUGAUUCAAUUAAUGGAGAGGGGAAACCAAACCAGCGUCUCGGAAUUCCUCCUCCUGGGACUGUCUGAUCGGCCAGAGCAGCAGCUGCUCCUCUUCGUGGUGUUCCUCUGGAUGUACCUGCUCGGGGUCCUGGGGAGCUUGCUCAUCGUCCUGGCCAUCGGCUCUGACCCGCACCUGCACACUCCCAUGUACUUCUUCCUCACUAACCUCUCCCUGGCUGAUGCCUGCUUCCUGUCCACCACGAUCCCCAAGAUGCUGGUCAACAUUCAGACCCAGAGCAAAUCCAUAUCUUACACUGGGUGCCUGACGCAAAUGUAUUUCUUCAUUCUGUUAGGAAGUCUGGACCACUUUCUCCUCACCGGGAUGGCUUUUGACCGCUACGUGGCCAUAUGCCACCCACUCCACUACACCACCAUCAUGAGCCCACCGCUGCUGGCCAUAUUGGUUAGCGGGUCCUGGAUAAUUAGUGGUCUUUAUGCCCUCAUACAUACUCUAUUGGUGGUUCGGUUAUCCUUCUGCAUGGACAAUGAAAUCCUUCACUUCUUCUGUGAACUUAACCAGAUUCUAAAGCUUUCCUGCACUGACACCGUCAUCAAUGAUGUGUUACUGUAUGUACUGAUUGUGAUGCUUGGUGUAGGUCCCAUUGCAGGCCUCAUUUUCUCUUACACUCACAUUGUUUCAACUAUUUUAAAAAUAUCAUCUGCCAGGGGAAGGAGUAAGGCUUUCUCUACCUGUGGCUCUCACCUGGCUGUGGUCUCUCUGUUCUAUGGCAGUGCCCUUGGGGUCUACCUCAGCCCCAUGUCUAUCCAAGCAACCCGGCAGGGCUCGAUAGCAUCUGUGGUGUACACGGUGGUCACCCCUAUGCUGAACCCUUUCAUUUACAGCCUGAGGAACAAGGACAUGAAAUGGGCCCUGAGAAAUGUGUUCUGCAGGAAAAGUCUUUUCUUUCAGACGCUGUGA